AUGUCAUCAAUAGAUUCUGGUAACUAUACAGUUAAAGCAAAAAGCGAACCAUUUAUCAAUUUGGGCGUUUACAGUCCACCUUAUGAGCAUGAUAUUGAACAUAAUACAUCUCUCGUUCGUCAACUUGCUGCUCAAUUUCCUGAGUAUGAAAAACAACCUCAUAUGGAACCCUUUGGUGGUGUUUGGAUGAAUCCAAAUUCAGUUAUGGAUGAGGAUCGUUCUGAAGCAAACAUUGAAAAAGUUAUUGAGGUAUCUAGUAAUGGAAGGUUUGCUAAAUUAAAUACUUUUUUGGGUAAGGGUGCUUUCAAGGUAGUUUACAAGGCUAUUGAUAGAGAAGAAGGUUAUGAGGUUGCCUGGAAUGUAUUACAGAUUACUCGUCAGGAAGUAAAAGCAUUAGGCCAUGAAAUUGAAAUUUUAAAAUCUGUAAGACAUCCUAACAUUAUUGCUUUUCAUGAUGCUUGGUAUAAUGAUUCGGAAUUUGUAUUUAUUACUGAACUCAUGACUUCGGGUACUCUUCGUGAAUAUAUUAGAAAACUUUCUCCUUUACCUAAUAUGAAAAUUGUAAAGAGAUGGUGUCGACAAAUUUUGAAAGGUUUAGUUUAUUUACAUGGACAUAAUCCUACUAUCAUUCAUCGUGAUAUUAAAUGUGAUAAUAUCUUUAUUAAUGGAGCUCAUGGUGAAAUUAAAAUUGGUGAUAUGGGUACAGCUGAAAUGAAGAUAGAUAAAAAGUACACUGUAAUAGGAACACCUGAAUUUAUGGCACCUGAAAUGUAUGAAGAAAAAGGAUAUAGUGAAAAGGUAGACAUCUAUGCGUUUGGUAUGUGUCUCCUAGAGAUGGUAACAGGUGAAUACCCUUAUAAUGAAUGUACAAAUGCUGCUCAAGUAUUCAAGAAAGUAACUCAGACAAUUCGUCCUGAAUGUUUAUCAAGAGUUCAAGACCCAGAAGUAUUAGCUCUCAUCAACAAUUGUCUUUCCUCUGAACAUGAACGUAUGUCAGCUCAAGAGAUAUUAGAACAUUCAUUUUUAGCCGUAGAACCCGAAGUGGUCUUGUUAGCAAGUGAUAUCACGAUGAAGCAACUCACAUUACAAGUCGUGUUUAAGGGUAUGGAUAAACUUUCUGUUAAAUUUGAGUUUAAUGUAGAGACGGAUACAGCAGAGGAUGUUGUAGCAGAAAUGAUUGAAGAACAAGUUUUACCUGAACGUUAUCAGCAGUUAAUUACAGGUGAUAUUAACCGUUUACUUCGAGAUCUUAAUAAGCAACAACAAAAUACUUCUUUAGAUGACAGAAUGAUUGAAGAUGAUGACCAAAUGAUUUGGAGAAGAGAGAAUGAUAUUCGUUCCGAACUAGAACGCGCAAAAAGAGAAUUAACAGCAGCAAGAAGUAAAAUAGUAGAGAUGGAAAAGAAGUGUGAAAAUAUUGAACAGAGAACUCAAAUUACUGAAGAAAGAUACAAAGAUACCCUUGUUGCAAUAGAAAAUUUUAAACUAUCCUUUGUAGAGACUGAAGCUACUGAAAAUCAGACUGAAUUAAAUACUUUCACCAGUCCUACUUUUACUAAUAAUUCAAUCAUAGAUGAGAGUCCUUUUAUGGAAUCAACAGAAUAUCCAAAUGAUACUAGUAUUGAAACUUUUGUCUUGGAAACAGCAGCAGCUACAAAUCGUAAUAAAGAUAAAGCUUUAGAAUGGGUUCGUAAACUUCAAAAUCAAGAUAUUAUGACUGUAGGUGACCUUCGAGAUUUGCAUGAUGAAGACUGGGCUGGUAUCGGUUUAACAGUAUUCGCUCUUCGCGCAUUAAAGAAUAUGCUCGUUGGUAAAAAAAAUCAACUUAGGUCAAGGUCAACUUCUAGUGGAACAAAUACGCCGAUAGAUGAACAAGAUCAAUUUUUAUAA